CCCAUUUCGGAUAACGAUCAAACCACAGGGGUUGGCAUGCAUGUGUGGGAGUCAAACGUACAUGGCUAUGAUGAUGAUAACAUGAAGGACGCAUGUGAGGGGCCGGGCACGUGUCACAACAAACUUCGGUCAGGUGCUAGGGAGGACCAUGCAACUUCUCAACCAGAGCGAGAAAGUCAUGUUUAUUUGACUGACACCACACACGAUCAGGAUGGGGCCAUCACGCAUGAUAUUGCACCACACACAAAUGACACCACCCAAAUACGACGAGCUAUUUCCAUGACUAAGGAGCCCAACAGUUUUGGAGAAGCAAUUCGUGAUCCACAAUGGCGGGGCGCUAUGAGUCACAAAAUUCGGGCUCUUGAGCGCACAUGUACGUGGCAACUAUAAGACUUGCCUCCCAGCAAGAGAGCCAUUUACCACAAGUGGGUUUUCAAGAUUAAGUGGAACGUUAUAAGGCCAGACUGGUUAUUUGUGGGAACAAACAGGUUCAGGGGAUUGAUUAUGGUGAGACUUUUGCUCCUGUUGCUAAAAUAAUCACGGUGCGUACCAUGUCAACGGUUGAUGUCUCUUGUCAUUGGGAGUUACAUCAAAUGGAUGUAGAUAAUGUGUUCUUCAUGGGGAUCUUCACGAAGAAGUGUACAUGCAUCUCCCACCGGAAUAUUCCACAUCUUCUCCUGGAAAGCGCAGGCAACUCCCAAUCAUCGUUUCAUUUGCCAUAACGAAAACAAAAGUCAAGGACAAUCUCUAAAUCAAGUGGGCAUAUAUCUUUCAAAAUUCGUGUUUGCGCACGGUCAAUUGUACGUUGUCAUGUUUAACAAGGGCUGCACUAUCAAGGAGUGAGUUGAAGAUUCUUAUAUGUGAUGACGAGGGCUGCACUAUCAACACUAAAAAUGUGGUCUAUAAAGCAGUUUUUCAAAAUUUGUGAAACUUUGUUUUACACCAUCAACAUAUAUGAUUGUUUCAUUUAAU